AUGGCUUCCCAAAAACACAUUUCGUCAGUUGUUCUCCAGCUUGUUUUUGUUGCGCUGCUUCUAUUAGUGGCCUUUGCCAAUGGACAAGGCCUUAAGGUAGGGUUCUACAAAAAAACCUGUCCUAGAGCAGAGGCUAUUGUAGACAAGGCAACUGCAGAUCACAUUUCUCGCGCUCCAUCUCUUGCAGCUCCUUUACUCCGAAUGCAUUUUCAUGAUUGCUUUAUUAGGGGCUGUGACGGGUCUGUGCUAAUAAACUCAACCAGAAAUAACCAAGCCGAGAAAAGUGGAAUUCCUAAUCUUUCCCUCAGAGGAUUUCAAGUUAUAGAUGCUGCAAAAGCUGCACUCGAAAAGGCAUGCCCCGGUGUUGUUUCUUGUGCAGAUAUCAUCGCUUUAGUUGCUCGAGAUGCAAUCCACCAGAUUAAAGGACCAUUUUGGCCAGUACCCUUGGGAAGAAGAGAUGGAAGAGUAUCAAUUGCAUCCGAGACUUUGACCCAACUACCUGCACCUUUUGCCAACAUUACUCAGCUCAAAACACUAUUUAAGGCCAAGGGUUUAAGUGUAAAGGAUUUGGUUGUUCUUUCAGGAGGACACACUGUGGGGACUUCUCAUUGCUCUACCAUUGCAAAUCGGUUGUACAACUUCACCGGAAGAGGUGAUACUGACCCUUCUUUGGACUCGGAAUAUGUACCUCACUUGAAGAGUCGAUGUAAGCCCGCCGACCAAACCACGUUGCUUGAGAUGGAUCCAGGGAGUUUUAGAACAUUCGACGAGAGUUACUACACUAUGGUCUUGAAAAGGAGAGGCCUGUUUGAAUCAGAUGCUGCUCUUCUCGCGGACAAGGAAACGAGUGCUUAUGUCAAGCUUCAAGCACAGACGCAUGGAUCGACUUUCCUAAAAGAUUUCAAAAGAUCAAUGGUUAAGAUGGGUAAAAUGGGAGUUUUGACAGGCAAUGCUGGUGAAAUCAGGAGACACUGUGCCAUAAUUAACUAA